UUUUUUGAAUACAAUUAUUAUUAUUAUAAGAUUUGAAUUGAAUUGAAAAUCAAUACAUAUAUGACAACAGCUAAGGACUCGUUUGAUCGCUUCGGCGAUGAUUUGUGUCAACUAUUGUUGACUUAUCUGCCGAUUGAUAGCAGAUUAAGACUACAAUCGGUGUCCAAACAGUGGUUGGCAUUGAUAUUCAAUACGGAAACACAUCUAGUAUUUGAUGACAAACUAUUGAAAUUGUUUGAUAAGAAAUCAUUGAUUAAUAAUAAGAAACAAACUUUGAAUUUGUUUAAAUCAAUUGUCAAAAAGUGUCCAAACAUUACAACAGUCAUUAUAAAUGAUUUUAAUGGCGAUUACUUUAAGUUAUUAAAUAAUAAGAAAUACUGUUCCCGAUUGACACACAUUAGUCUUAAGCACAUCAGACAUAACUUUCGCAACAGUUAUGGCAAAUCAUUUGAUUUAUUUUGUCAACGAUUUGGUAAACAAUUGCAGACAUUCAAGAUUAAUGGGUACCGUAUCAAAGGUGCCGAUCUAUGGUUUCCUAAAUGUAUGAAUAGUUUUAGAAAUUUGAAGACAUUGGACAUCAAUAUACAGGGAAUAAGUAUGAGAUAUGAUGUUAUAUUUGCUGACAAUAAGUUGUAUUCAUUGCCGAAAACUAUGAAAUCAUUUACACUAAGACUGGACAACAAUUCUAUCAAAUUAUUUACAAAAUUUACGACCACUUAUGGCCAACAAAUCAAAUCAUUGAAUCUAUUUGGUGAUGAUCUGAAUGAUGAAAAUACCUUCAAUACACUGACAUCAGGUUUGUCACAAAUGGGACAAUUGAAACAAUUGGCCAUUAGUUUGCCCUAUUAUUUAGUCGCCGAUCAGAUCAUUGAACUGUUGACAACAAUUGGCCGCCGGUGUCGACAACUGAAACAGUUUAGCUAUACAACGAUUGUGUCACGGAUUGACUUAAACCAAAUAUUUGUGUUAAUCGCUAAACAUAUGUCACCACAAUUGAGACGAUUAUCAGUUGAUUGUUAUCACAAAUAUGACAAACAGUUACCACUUACCAGCGAUUCGUUAAAACGAUUGCAUCGAUUGACACAUUUAACACUUCGUGUAUACAAUUGGCAGAUAAUCGGUAACUCUUUUUUCAGUAACAUUUACCGCAUUCUUCCGCGACUACAGUAUAUACACUGCGACUGUGUGUCCAUUAAUGCUGAGUCUAUCAUCGCUUUGGGACAGUUGGCACACCUGACGGAUGUCUAUCUGGUUUGCGAUCAAUACAAACUGAUAACAAAUGAAUCAUUUCUAUCCAAACAUUUACUAAUUGGUAGUAAUAUUAAGCAAUUGUUUAUUAAGUAUUGGUCGUCACAUAAUUAUGUGAUUAAACCAAAAUACUUUUGUUAUGGAAAUAGUAAUUAUUUUUAA